AUGACCCGAGUUGACCUGUCCCUGCGACAAGCUAUUCUGCUCAACGACAUCGCAUUAGUGCAGCGAAUCCUCAAGCACAAUCUUCCGUACCUCCAGAAUCCGGACUUUGCGGACAAGAGUAACACCUCAUUGCAUCUUGCUGCGAAGUAUGGGCUGGAGGAGAUCGCAGAAUUCCUUGUAUCUCUCGGUCACGAUUGUUCUCGGCCAGUAGAAGACUGGAUCUACAGUGCCCAACCCGACAAUCGGGGCAUAUCUGUCAACACAGAUGGCCAAACACCUCUACAUCUGGCUGCGGCCUCUUCUCAAGCCGGCGUGGUUGAGCUCUUGUGCAGGCAGUUCCCACAGACCGUAAAUCGAAGAGAUCGCAAAGGCCAAUCACCCCUCCACCUCGCCGCAUGCUCCCAGAUCAUUUCUCGACCGAAUCUGAGCAACGCUGCCAACGGCCCUCCAAGGUCGACCCCGGAGGACAAUCGAACAAUAGAAAUACUCCUCGCCAGCGGUGCGGAUGUGAACGCGAAGGACGAGCUGGGAAACACAUGUCUUCACAACGCGAGUGCGUGGGGGAACCUCAAAGCCAUUCGUGCCUUAAUCCAAGCGGGCGCAGACCCAUUGAGUAAGAACAAGGCCGGCUGGACUCCCGAGUACUACAGUAUCACAGUGCAGGCAGAGGUCUACUACCGGAAUUUAGUUGCGGAGUGGGAGAAGAGGAAAGCAGAAGACGAGAUGCGGGCCAGCGAGAGAAGAGGGCGAGGGGGUGGCUCCGUCAGACUGGUACCACAAGAGAACGAAAGCGACGGCGAAGGAGACACGUCGUCCAGGACGGAGAGAAGCCAGGAGAGAAGCACAACAAGGAGUCCCCUGCCCGGUGCUGGUGCUCCUGCUGGGUCUGUCGUUGGCACCUCAGUGGGACAGAGUGAUGCAGGCUUGGGCAUAAGUGUAAGCUACGUGGAUGCUUGGAAAUGA